AUGGAGGCCACAUUGCCUGCCUGCAAAUCUGUUACUUCUGUUAUCUCCGUUCCUGGUUUAUUCGCAAGAUCAAACCCAGGAAUAAGAAGUUCACAAUGUAGCUUUUUGGCGGGGACUAAGGUUAACUUCCCUAGGCAAAGAGCUUGUGCUGCUCAGGUUGGUCAUAAAACUAAGAAGAGUGGUGGAGCUCUUGGUGCUACUUGCCGUGCUGAAAAGAUUCUGAUUGCAAACAGAGGAGAAAUUGCUGUUCGUGUGAUUCGGACUGCUCAUGAAUUAGGAAUUCCAUGUGUUGCUGUUUACUCAACCAUUGACAAGGAUGCCCUUCAUGUGAAAUUGGCUGACGAAUCCGUUUGCAUUGGUGAAGCACCUAGCAAUCAGUCGUACUUGGUGAUACCAAAUGUCUUGUCUGCUGCAAUAAGCCGUGGAUGCACCAUGCUUCAUCCUGGAUAUGGGUUCCUUGCUGAGAAUGCCACAUUUGUUGAAAUGUGUAGAGAACAUGGAAUAAAUUUUAUUGGACCAAAUCCUGAUAGCAUCAAAACUAUGGGUGACAAAUCAACGGCCAGAGAAACAAUGAAGAAUGCAGGUGUUCCAACUGUCCCAGGAAGUGAUGGGUUGUUGCAGACUACAGAGGAAGCAAUUCGGCUGGCUGGAGAGAUUGGUUAUCCUGUGAUGAUCAAGGCAACGGCAGGUGGUGGUGGGCGUGGAAUGCGUCUUGCUAAAGAACCUGAAGAAUUUGUGAAGUUGCUACAGCAAGCCAAGAGUGAAGCUGCUGCUGCAUUUGGAAAUGAUGGAGUUUAUUUGGAAAAAUACAUUCAAAAUCCAAGGCACAUAGAGUUCCAGGUCCUUGCAGAUAAGUAUGGAAAUGUUGUCCACUUCGGGGAGCGAGACUGUAGUAUCCAGAGACGUAACCAGAAGCUACUUGAAGAAGCCCCCUCGCCUGCACUGACCCCAGAGUUAAGGAAAGCCAUGGGUGACGCAGCAGUUGCAGCUGCAGCAUCCAUAGGAUACAUUGGUGUAGGAACAGUUGAGUUCCUUUUGGAUGAGAGGGGUUCCUUUUACUUCAUGGAAAUGAACACUCGGAUCCAGGUUGAGCAUCCUGUAACUGAAAUGAUUUCAUCUGUGGACUUGAUUGAAGAACAAAUCAGGGUAGCUAUGGGAGAGAAACUUCGUUACAAACAGGAAGAUAUUGUGCUCAGAGGACAUUCGAUUGAGUGCCGGAUUAAUGCAGAGGAUGCAUUUAAGGGAUUCAGGCCAGGACCAGGAAGAAUAACUGCGUAUUUGCCAUCUGGAGGGCCUUUUGUUAGAAUGGACAGUCAUAUCUAUCCGGAUUAUGUUGUUCCUCCUAGCUAUGAUUCCCUGCUUGGAAAGCUUAUUGUUUGGGCCCCAACAAGAGAAAAGGCAAUUGAACGUAUGAAGAGAGCUCUCAAUGAUACUAUAAUUACAGGAGUUCCAACAACAAUCGAUUAUCAUAAAUUGAUCCUUGAAAUUGAGGACUUCAAAAAUGGAAACGUCGACACAGCAUUCAUUCCUAAGCAUGAAGACGAGUUACAAGCACCUCAACAGAUUGUGCCAGUAAAGGGACUGGCCAGCGCAACUGCAUAG